AUGGAUGAUAUUUGUACAUCUGUUGACAACUUUUUAAUCUGACAGGUUGCCAAGAAGCACCGGUACAAGUUCAGCGUGAUCGUGCACGAGAUACGGACAGCUGAGAUCGUGCCGUACAAGACAGCCCUCAUUGCCUUCAUCAACUGUAUUCUGGUCGCAACUGAGGACCUGGAGGAAAGGACUCGUCUUCGCAAUCAGUUCAUUGGUCUAAACCUCCUGGACAUUAUCGACGAGCUACGUAACGAAGAUGACGAAGACCUUGUGAUCCAGUGUAACGUAUUUGAUGACGAGAAACAGGAAGAUGACGAAGCGUUGAAUGCCCUUAACCCCGCAGGCGUUGACGUCAACGACCAUAACGCCAUCUUUAACGCACUUUAUGAGAAGGUGUACAACACUCCACAUUCAGACGAACUUCUCAACAUCCUUCAGACUUUGCUCCGCAUAGACACAGAAGCGGGGGAUGGAGAUGUACGGUGGGAUUGUGCAGAGACGGCUGUCCGCCAGGCAAUCUACAUGCCACUCCCAAAGGCUCAAGCCUCUUCCACUCUUAUGGUGGCCAAGUCAUCAAAGCAGCUCUUCUGUGAUCAUUGCGGCUUCUUCAAUAAACAAUGUCAGGACUUCAGUGCUCAAACAAACCUUGCACCCAUUCAAAGCUCUUCCUCUGCUGUGAUUAAUGUUGACACAAAAUCUUCUUUCGCAAAUGCCAUAUCGGAACUGAAUUCGAAAAACUUUUCUCAGCAAAUAGCUCAAACAGCUGCGAAUGCCAGUAACUCGGCAUCUGCUGAGCCUUCUUUAGUUGUUCCGGUUCCGCCACCCCCACCUCCUAUGCCCGGAGCGGGCGUUCCUUCUCCUCCACCACCACCACCACCACCACCAGGAGCUGGGAUCCCACCACCACCACCGCCGCCGCCUUUUCCGGGAGGCGCCCCUGCUCCACCUCCACCUCCGCCUCCCCCAGGACUCCCGGGGUUCCCACAACCUCCUCCACCACCACCGCUGCCACCGGGAAGUGGUAUACCGCCACCGCCGCCACCACCACCAGGAACCGGAGGUGCUAUUCCUUCUCCACCGCUCCCACCAGGUGGCCUUCAAAGGGCGUCAACGUUUCCAUUAAGAUCUCAACCUGAAUAUUUGCCACAUAUAAGCACGCCUACACCAAAACAUAAGAUGAAAACAUUCAACUGGUCGAAAAUUCCUCCGAAUUCCGUUACAGUUGAAGGUAACGUGUGGAAGGAAGUGAUCUCUAUGGACGACCAGAUUCCCGUCAACUACGACACAAUCGAGCAGCUCUUCUGUCUCAAAACCAUCGAGCACGAGGCUAAAGGACCCGUCAAACAGCAUGUGCCCUCAAAGGUUUUGUUACUGGACAACAAGAAGAGCAUGAGCGUAAACAUCUUCCUGAAACAGUUCAAGGAGGGCAACAAGGAGAUCGUCGCCAUGAUCCGCCAGGGGGACGUCACCAAGAUCGGCAACGAGCGAAUACGAGGUCUUCAGAAGAUUUUGCCCGAUACUGAAGACAUGAAGCCAAUUUUAGACUACACCGGUGAAAAGGAAAUGCUAGGCGGGGCGGAACAGUUUUAUCUCGAACUUCAUAACCUAGAUGGUUACAAACAGCGCAUUGAUGCUAUGGUUUUGCGGCUUGAUUUCGGAGCUUUUUUGGAUAAAGUGAAGCCACUCAUAAAGACGUACAUUAAGACGUGUGAUGCUUUGAUGGAAAACGACUCAUUGAAAGUCUUCCUGAGAUUUGUUCUCCACACAGGAAACUUCAUAAAUGCGGGGAAGUAUAGCGGGAACGCGGUGGGCUUCAAGAUCAGUUCCCUGAUCAAACUAGCGGAUACACGGGCGAAUAAACCCCGGGUCACGCUGCUCCAUUAUCUGGUGAACGAGGCGGAGAAGGAACACAGCAACGCCAUCGCUUUUGUUGACGAGUUGUUUCCCGAUCUCAGUUACAUUAACAGAUACACACUCGACAACCUAAUGGCAGAGGUUGCCGAGAUCACCGCAGACGUAACAAAACUUGACAAAAUGAUGGGAAAUGCAUCAGAGGACAUACACAAGCAAUUCAUGGAGUUCAUCAAGAACGUAAAGAAAGAGCUUGCCGAAAUCAAAGAAAGCUUGGCAGAGAUAACACAGCUUUCCAAAAACCUAGCAGGUCAUUUUUGCGAGAGUGAAUCCAGCUUCAAACUCGAGGAAUUUAUCAGCAUCAUGACGGUGUUCUGUGAGAAAGUCCGCCAAUGCCAGAAGGAAAACGAACAGAAGCGGUUACAGGAAGAAAAGAUGGAGAGGAGACGGAAGGCUCAGGCAGAAAUAAAACACAAACCAAAAGAACCUAGAAAAAUGCCCAGCCAAGAAGACGACGGAUGUAUCAUUGACAAGUUGCUGUUGGAAAUUAAAAAGGGUUACAGCCUGAGAAAGUCGCCAAAGAAAGUGAACGAAUCAAAAUGCUAAAAAAAGUUUUUGCCAUGACUUUGUUUUGUUUAUAUUGUUCUGAAUAUUAUGUUUUUUAUGAGAUAAUUGAACGUGUUGAAACGUUUUUCCUCUGUAUAGAGAAAUAUAAUCAAACAAUGCUCCAAUUGACUGUGACUUAGAAGAGAAAAAACAUUUAAUAAUGCAAUAUAUGAAGCUACUUGAAAUCUGCACAAUGCUCGUAUUGCAUUAUUGCUAAUUGUGAUAUCAUCUUGAGCUACUGGAACAACAACUGAUAUACAUGUAUGUUUUAAGUGAUUGUAUAUUCUGUGAUGAAUCAAAAUAGUAUGUUAAUCAUUUUCUAUAACGUUAGCCCUCGAACUGGCUUAAUAUAGAUGUUGCAAGUAAACUUCACACCUAACAUGUGUACAUAUCAGUGUGAACUCAGUGUGUAUACUGGUUGAGAAGCAGUUUCCGACGGAAAGCAGUUUCCGACAAAUCGCUUUUUCGCGUACCUUCCUUAGAUCUUCAUAAAGAAGGUACUGCAAUUCAACUAUAUGGUAACUAGGCAAUCUAAAGUUGAAAUUCUUACCGAGACACGUAAGAAACUUUUAUAAUUAUGAAAUGUUUAAUGUUUAUUUUUCAUUUUGUACACAAACUUGCACGUGGGGGAUAUGCACGCGCAGCGUAUUGCGCAUGCGUGUGAACCUAAUUUGCAUAUCUAUGAAUAGCUACAAGGUUUUCCUUAAUUAACUUAUACAAACGAUGAUCAUUGUGUACAUAUUUGUGAACACUGGUGUCAUGCUUGUUUCGCAUCCACAUUCACUUAAAUGUAAACAAACACAAGUUUCGAUCAGAAAUGAAUAAAAAAAUCAUUGAUAUUCAGUCUCUGCCUGAUUUUCGAGUAUGAAUUGAAUGUCGUAAAUUUUAAGGUUUAAAUUUAUCGUAAAUGCUGAAAAAUUAAAUAACAUUUCUCUUAUUACAGUCUUAUAUUUACUUUAUUAAAUAAACGGAUAAUAAAAACACACAACAGGCACCUUAAAUAUGCCCCGCAUUCAAAUUGUCGAAAACUGCUUCUCAUCAUAAGCUAAUCAGAACAGUGUAAGUACCCUCUUUGCGCCCCUAUUAGAUACACUUUAUGUGACGUCACACAUGUAAGAAAUAUAUCGGCAAUAGCAGCUUGAGCUGUAGUUAUAUAAAAUGUGAACGGUUUUAGUAAAUAUUUAAACACGUUUAAAUAAUUCAAUAAAAACGUUUAAAAACUGUCGGAAACUGCUUCUCAACCAGUAACAUUCAUGUACUAUAUAUUGUGUGGGUUUUUUGGAAUGUAUCAUGUACUUUUAUAACUGGCAAUGUUUUGGUGUGUUUUCCAUUAUUGUUAUCAUAAAGAUAAGUUUAUAAGAUGUUUAAAAGAAGGUUGUAUCAUAUGAACAAUUACUAUUUACAUGAAUUUGUUUGUUGAUUGUGUUUUCUAUGUUAAAUAUUUUAAUAAACAAAAACUUAAUCAUUUGGCAUGUAUCAGUCUGGAUCGCUUGGCUUGAAUAAAUUAAUGACGAGCUUUA